AUGUAUAUAGAUGGAGAUAGUGUCCUUGACAUCAGUGACAAUUGUCAGGAGGCAGCUAAUGGUGAACAGAUAGAUACAGAUGGGGAUAGUAUAGGAGAUGUUUGUGAUUCUGAUUUAGAUGGUGAUGGUAUAAACAACUCUAAUGAUACUUGUCCAUACCUACAUAACCCUCUACAGACAGAUGUCAACGGAGACCAGGUUGGUGACGAUUGUGUAGUUGACUCUGAUGGGGACGGUGUAGAUGACAGUAAUGAUACCUGUCCAUAUAACAAAUAUAUAUCUACAACUUCCUUCUCUGAUUAUAUCUCCGUUGAUCUGUAUCCUGGCUACAGUUUGGAUCCUCAAUGGAGAGUAAAGGCAGCAGGGAGGGAGAUAUACCAGUUAGCUGAUACUAUGAAACCAGUCAUGUUAAUAGGGGAGCAGACAUAUGGAUCUGUGAAAUACAGUGGAACUGUUUAUGUACCAUCAGAUAAGGGAGAUAACUACAUCGGAAUAGUGUUUGGUUAUGUUAACAAUAGGAAGUUUUAUCUAUUGUCAUGGAAACCAACUAAUUACAACUUUGAAACUACAACUUUUCAGACCGGUGUUAAAGGACUCAAUUUAAAGGUAGUGAACUCCAAUACUGGUCCUGGACAAACAUUAGCUUAUGCUCUGUGGCACAGUAGUACAACAGUGAAUCAGGAUACAGUAUUAUGGCAGGAUGGUAACAUGACAAGAUGGAGUAAUUACACAUCUUAUAAAUGGUUCCUAUGGCAUUAUACUGAUUUAAAUAAGAUCAGAUUCCAAUUGUUUGAUGUAGAUUCAUUAUUAGCUGACAGUGGUGACAUCUAUGACACCAGUAUAACUGGAGGCCGUGUUGGAGUGUACCAGUUUGGCCAGGAAUCAGUUCUAUGGUCUGAUUUGAAGGUCCAGUGUAUCCCCAGAGACAAUAAAGCUUUGUAUCUGGAUGGAGUGGAUGAUUAUAUUGUGCUUACCAAUAUCACUCGUUUAGACAUUUAUCAAAGUUUUUCUAUUGGACUGUGGAUAAAGAUAGCCUCCAUGGCAGGGGGUGAUAUGCCAUUAUUUUGUACAGACACAAGAACUAUAUGUCUAUGGUUAGAUGGAGGUUUUAUACAGGGAUCUUAUGGAAAUAACACAGUAACAUCAACAUCCACUAUCAAUACAAACCAAUGGAUCAGUUUGUUAUACAUAUAUGAUGAAUCAGAAUACUCAAUGACUUUGUAUGUGAAUGGAAUCUCAGCUGGUGUAACUAGUGAUGUUAUACCUAUUGAUCUCACACAAUAUACCACAGAUGAAGACACUUUAUUUUACCUCGGGAAAGACACAAAUAAUUUCUAUAAAGGUUAUGUUGAUGAGUUUGUGUUUUAUAAUGUGGCACUGUUGGGAACAGAGAUUAAUGAUCACAUCCAUUUACCUUCAAUCACAAAAUAUCCAACAUUCCACAGAUAUGGGCAACUAUACUAUAAAAUGGACCAGACUACUGGUACCCUGUAUCUGAAAGAUGAGGGACUACUUGAGGUACCAGGUCAAAUACAUGACAGUCCUAUUUUUGAAGAUAGCCUCCAGGAUUAUAGCAGAUUUAAUUUGGAAUAUCCUGAUAAUUAGCAAGGAAAUUGGUUUAUAUGAAUAUAAAGGAUAGAAGUUCCAGAAGAAAAUAUCAACAUAUUUGAGAGAGAUGAUACUAUGGGCCACAGCAAUUGACAUUGUUUGAUGAACUGUUAUUAUAUAUAUAUAUUGAAUAAAAUAAUAAUAAA